GAAAGAAAAUGAGUUGUCAUUUUCGUAUUAAAUGCAUCAAAUUCUAAUGGAAGGCAUGAAAUUCAGCCAUGGCCACCUCAAUUUUCUGAAGCAGACUGCCACUCCUCCACUCUGCUCCAAAAACCCACCUUCCAUUUUUAACACCUGUAAGCCUCAGAAUUUGUCACUUCUUUGUUACUCUCUAGAGUCUGAAAUUUCCUUUAUCAAAAGUCAGGGCCUUUGUCUCUUUCAGGACACCUAUUUCACUGCUGCUGAGUCUCAGCGCUAGUGACAAAGGUAUGGUUUUGACAUUCAAAGAUUUGAUCUUUCCGGUUUUUGGAUUUUGGGUUUGUUUUUUAAGUCUUCUUAACUGAGUUCUUCAAGCAUUGAUUGUUUUGUGAAGUUUUGAUCGCGUUUGUGUAAUGGUUUAGUUGAAUUAUAUUUGAUCUGUGUUAAUGAGGGAGGUGAUUGUUCUUUCUUCGAUCAUGCCCUUUGAAUUCACUGAAUUUUGCAAGAUUUUUUCUUUUUUUCAGUUUAUUCUGUUUGGUGGAUGAGAAAAUGAGAGAAACGCCAUUUGGGUGGUUACCAUGAUCAUCUGUUGGAGCUAGUCGUCUAAACCUUUUACUUUACACUGUCUAAUGCAGCAAUGCAGUUGGUUUUGGAUUACGAUAUAGAUGAACUUUUCUUUUUAUGAAAUCAGAACAAAUGAUACCGGAGUUCUAGAGUUUUUAUUGGAUUUUGAUUCUUGUAGCAGAGAAAUUACUGGAAAAGAAAGAACUUGAGAUUCCCAUGAAAUAUGGUAUUAGGUUAAAUCUUCUCAUUUGCUCUAUGGAACUCUAAGUCAUUGGAUCAUUUUUGGUUUAAAUGGCUUGAGAUUGGAUUUGUCAUUGUUUUAUGUACCACUUUCUAAUGCUGUUCUCAUUUUGUGAUUUGUUUUCUUUGUGGUCCUUAUCAUUGGUAAGAUAUUUAUGUGUAGAAAAGAACUUUGAAUUACAAAUCUCUUGAUUAUCUUGUUUCAUUUGAUUGGCUUGAGUGUUCAGGCUCAUUACAUUUUCUGCAAGCUAGAAUGACAUUAUAUAUCAAGUGUGAUAUUCUAAUGUAUUAUGCCAUUUUUCUCAGUAUCGAUCGUAAAUGUAUGUUUGAUCUAGUCCUAUUGUGUGGAAUGCUUGGAUGAAAAUCAAAGUAGGCUGAAGGA